AUCGCUGAGGCAGCGCCUGCCGGGGAGGGUUGGGAUGAGCCUGGGCGAUGGCGCGGGGCCCGUCCGUUCCUCCCUGGGAGGCGAAAGGGCUUUCUUUCCGAGAGCUUUGGAGGGGUGGGCCGAGAGGGAGCGGGCCAUGCCCAGAUGGAGCUUCGGUCCCGGCCGACUUGCAAAUGACUUUUCGACGCGGCUGGCCGGCUGAGUGGCUGGAAAUCCGGUUCAGUGCCGGCAUUGCUCUUGGUUCCCAAUAUGUUUGUGCUAGUGGAAAUGACAGAUACUGUGCGAAUACCUCCGUGGCAAUUUGAAAGGAAGCUUAAUGAUGCCAUCACAGAAGAAUUAAAUAAGAAACUAGCAAAUAAGGUUGUGUAUAAUGUUGGCCUCUGUAUUUGUCUGUAUGACAUCACAAAGCUGGAAGAUUCCUACAUAUUUCCAGGAGAUGGUGCAUCACACACAAAAGUGCAUUUUCGGUAUGUUGUGUUUCACCCCUUUCUGGAUGAAAUUCUGGUUGGAGAGAUAAAAGGCUGCAGCCUGGAAGGAGUGCAUGUUUCUCUUGGGUUUUUUGAUGACAUCAUCAUUCCUCCAGAAUCUCUACAGCAACCUGCCAAGUUUGAUGAAGCUGAGCAAGUGUGGGUCUGGGAAUAUGAGACUGAAGAAGGAGCCCAUGACCUGUAUAUGGAUACAGGGGAGGAGAUCCGCUUCCGUGUAGUGGAUGAGACCUUCAUUGAUACAUCCCCAACAGGCCCAAGCUCUGCAGAGCCAUCCACCUCUGGUGCUGCAGAGGAGGCCCAGAAGAAGGAGGCUCCCUAUACUCUUGUGGGAUCAAUCAGUGAACCUGGUCUGGGCCUGCUAUCCUGGUGGACAAACAGUUAACCAAUAAGAGAAACUUCGUUGCACUAAGAAACUUUGCAAGCUGAAAAAGCCUAGAUAGUGGCCUGAAAGCUUUGCUUUCUGCUUUGCACUGGAUCCACAUCAAGCUGGCCUAGAUCUAGAAAGCAUCUGAGUGGGAGCAUCUAGUGUGAUAACUGCACAGAAGAACAAUCUACCACAUACACUCAGGAGGGGCUGAUCCCUCUGAUUAGUGGGAUUGGGUAAAAGUUCUUAUGACAAGAUUUCAGCCUGGAAAAAUUGCAAUGUGCCUCAUGUUGAAAAUGGAUACACAAAAUAAUUCUCAAGGAGAGUGCUUGGAGGAGAGAAGUAUUUCAUACUACCAUUUUCCAUUUUUUUAUGUGAUGGAGAUGGGGAAGAUGUUGCAAAAUCUGGCCCUCGCUUUGAGUGUGUUUGUUCCAUUGAGUGUGUUUGUUCCCUUAGGCUGAAGAUUCCUCUGUUAGCAAUCAGCUGUCCCUUCAAGAUUGACACGCCUUGGUGAGGAACACUUGGGCAGGGACCUGGCCCAUAAGAAGGUUGAAAUGUGGCUGACAGAACCCUAAACAACUACCCUUCCUAGUCAUACUGUUUUCUGGGAAAACGCAUACCUGCCAUUAUGUUUAGCUGAGAUGCUGCAUGGAUUUGGGUGGGUAGUAUUGUUUUCAGUAGACGAAACCUCCUGAAAGUAACUAGAAGGCUGAUGGCCCAUCUAAAUUUGUCUGUCUUCUGAUUAAAAAAUAAUCACCUCCAAUUGGAGAAGCAUUGAAAUAGGACUGAAGCCUGUAAGAGAUCAGUUCUUUCCCAGGUGCCCACAAUUACCAUCAAUAACCAAUUUCUCUAUCAUAUGUGGUAUUGCUGAGUUCGUUUCUGAAGGGAGGAUAUCCUUGUGAGGAUUCCUCUGAAGCACCUUAGACUCCAUUCAACUGAAAUCCUAAUAAAACUUGAGAAUAAAUUUUCCUUUUGUAUUUAUACUAUGUAGUGAUGGCUGGAUGAUUUUAGAAAUGGCUCUGUCAAUGUUACUUCAAAAACUUUUAAGCACAAACGAGAGUCUUGGUUAUGGUAACUGGAGAACAGUUGAAUAUGUGCUUUGCACUUACCAUGUUUACUCAAAAAGAAGAUAGCCCUAAAUGUAAGACCCCCCCACCCCAAAAUUACUGGACAUACCUGUAACUUCUAUGCAAAUAGAAGAUAAUCCCUUCUCUUUUUUUGCCAUAUCUGGCUUUUAAUUUUAAAAAAAGGUUUGUAUUUGAGUACAUACAGUAUUGUAUGGGUUGUAAUUCCUUUUGGUAAUUCUUUUCAGUAAGCAGAACCUUUUUUUGAAUAAAGUACC